AUGAGAACGCUGCGGCACGGUGCAGCUACGAGUAGCACUGCUGUUCUCUCAAAAGUCGAAGAUUUUCUAACAAAUAUGGAAGGAAUGGAACCAAUGCUAAUAAUACCAAUAAUGACUGUUUAUCUGGUGGUUACCGCAAUUGGAUGGUUCGGAAAUGGCUGCAUCAUCGUUGCCACCAUUGUAAGCAGGUUAGUGAAGCGGCUUUUUCUUUCCUUUUCGCAAGAAACUUUAUAA